GGCUCAACAGUAGGAGGCCUUCGUGAAGACGUUCCCUUAUUUGUAAGCAAAGUUGAGUGAGUUUUUUUAAAAUAUCAUGAUAAUGUUGUGAUACAGCCCUUGCAAGGAUGAGACAUAAUCCUGGACUAGAUAACAUCUCUGCGGCACAACAAGUUUUUUCUGUAUAUUUCAUGGAUGUAUGAAACACCAUGAUUUUCAUCAUGAUUUCCAAAUAAUGCUGGCAUAGUGUUAUUUUAGGAACCUAUUGGAUUAUACAGUCCUAGUUCUUUUUUUUUUAGAAGACAUCUCUUUAUUAUUUGAGUGACGCAGGGUCAGAGGGAACCUCAUUCAUGUGGAUUAAUAUAACUUGUUGACAUAACUUGCUAUUCAUUCCCAUUGAUGAAUACAUAAAACAGGAGGAAGAGGAAAAAGCAUCAGACAAAAGGAUACAACUGCCUCCAGAUCUACGGUAGUAGUGAGCAUCAAAGAAAAACAACUAGCAGAAUAAUGAUGGUGACAGGAAUAAUUUUGUUGUUUUUGCUGCUUGUUCUGUUGGUUCUCUUCUUCCUGAAACAACGCUGGACUCGAAGACAUUUGCCUCCUGGUCCUUUGGCUCUGCCACUCCUUGGGACCUUAUUGGCAACUGGGCUUUGGCUCCGUGAAGAUUACUUCCGUAAGCCUGUAAAACGAUAUGGAAAUAUUUACUCCUUGUGGUACGGGCGACAACUUAUGAUAGUUCUCUCUGGAUUCAAAGCUGUGAAAGAAGGAAUGACCAGCUUCCUAGAAGAAUUCUCAGUUCGAGUAGAGACUGCUUUCUUGUAUGAUUUUACGAAAGGAAAGGGAAUUAUUUUCACCAAUGGCCACCUCUGGAAACAGCAGCGACAUAUUAGCAUCACUACUCUGCGGAAGCUGGGCCUGGGGAAGAAAAGCAUCGAGCAUCAGGUAGAAAACGUGGCUCAGACAUUGGUGGAGAUCUUUAGACAAACAAAAGGGCAGCCAUUUGACCCUUCAUUUUCAGUACAAAAUGCAAUUUCUAAUGUCAUAUGUGCUUUGAGCUUUGGACGUCCGUUUGAUCUUGAAGAUGAAAACUUCCAGAAGCUGGUUCAAGCCCUUACAAUUAUUGUGAAAUUCCUUGGUGACACUUUAAAUGUGGUGUAUGAUUUGUGCCCACAAUUAAUGAAGUACCUCCCAGGCCCUCACAAGGAAACCCUGACUUCUGUGGAUAUUAUGCUUGCGUUUGCAAAGCAGGAAAUUGAGAAACACAAGGAAUCCCUCUGUCUGCACGAGCCACAAGAUUUCAUUGAUUACUAUCUUCUUCAGAUGGAGAAGAGCAGAAAUGACCCCGACUCUACCUACACUGAAGAGAACCUGGCUCGGUGUAUUAUUGAUUUCUUUGGUGCUGGAACAGACACAACCUAUACUACUAUGAUGUGGGCACUGGUCCUCCUGACAAAUCGUCCCGACACCCAAGAGAAAGUCCAGAAAGAGAUUGAAGAUGUGUUUGGUUCCUCGGGGUCAAUUUCCUACCAGGAUCGGAAGAAAGUGCCCUACACCAAUGCCGUGAUUCAUGAAAUGCAGCGUUUAAAAUAUGCCUUUCUAUAUGGAGCUCCCAGGCAAAGCACAAAGGAUGUGAUGAUGAGGGGAUAUCACAUUCCAAAGGGGACCAUUAUCAUCCCAGAUUUGCGCUCUGUUCUUCUUGAUCCUGAGCAAUGGGAGACACCUGAAGAAUUCAAUCCAAAUCAUUUUUUAGAUAAGGAUGGGAAGUUCAUUGAACGGGAAGAGUUUCUGCCCUUCGGAAUAGGUCUACGUGCCUGUGUUGGACAGCAGCUGGCAAGACUUGAGAUCUUCAUCCUUCUGACCAGCCUGUUGAGGGCCUUCAGCUUCCGGUUGCCUGAAGGAGUGAAAGAACUCAAUGAAGAACCUGUUACAAAGACAACAAUGCACCCAUACCCUUACAAACUGUGUGCUAUUCCCACACAGGCUUAAACUUUAAAAACACCACAAACAGUUUAAACUGUUUCCUAUAUGCCUCUUCACUUAAUUAAUUCUUUUUCUUUCAUUUAUUGUACUUUAAAACUUUUAAAGCCUAUUGCUGGGUUCAUAAACUUAUCUAACCAUGUCAACCAGCAGGUCACAUCUGAAUGAUAUGCUAAGUAAGUAUGUUACAUUUUAGCUUAGUUUUCUUUUGGAUGCCAAUAAAUGUCAGCUUUGGAAGCCAUAUUAGGCCGGAAGCUUCCAUGCUGCCACAUUCUCAUGUGUGGGAAAGUAGGAGGGGGGAUUUAGUAAAGGGGUUGUUUGUAGACAUAAUAGCAUUCUUCCUGUCGGUCAAGGUCAGGCCGAUCCUGCAUCUGGAGAAGGAGUGGUCGGAGUGAUGUCUCGAGAUGGGACGGCGGUUGAUUGGAGCAUGUGAUCGACUGAGGG